AUGAUCCACCUGGAGGACAUCAAUGUGUCCUCUAGCUGCCCCACCAUCGAGGAAAGAAAGGGUGGCGGUACUAGUUUGAGGUGCACGCGCCGCAUAAGUGGGCGAAAAAAAUCGGUCAAUGACGGACAGGAGGACGAUGCUGUGCUGAUGAUGGCUUUCCUGCAUUGUGUUUGUAUUGGCAUAUUACUGUUGCCAUGGUUUCCCUCUUGGGGGAAGUGUAUCUUUGACAAUGUUCAAACAUCAAUCAAAGUUGUAUCCUCACCGAAACAACACAACUUGGCUCAUCGGUCUUCCAGUGAAACUACACUCAGCAAUCAAAGGCCUCAGCGAUCUAAAAGAGCAGAUAGAAAUAAAGAAUCACUUGAUCUGCAACCAAUCAGAAUCAAGACAUGGAUUCCAAAAGAAAAUCCUGUCCUCUCAGACUACGAAAGUGAGAGAUUAAUGGCAGCAGUUCAUGAAGCUGUGAGCAAAGUAUCCAGUUUACUCUCAGUGAGAAGAGUUCCAGACAGACUGCUGCUGAACAGAGACAUGAACAAAUACUGCAAAUUCAUCUGGAGAAACAGCAGCACUCUUAACUUUAUGAAAUGUGGCCGAGCCAAUGAGAACUACAUAUCUGAGAGUUGUCUCGAUGUGACUAUACCAGAUGAGCACUUAAAUGGUUGUUUUGUUUAUCCACAUCCUGAUCAUCCAAUCCCGAGAGUGCUGAGUCCAGAGGGGGUGGGAGUUCCUGACACAGACUUUCUGCUUUAUGUGUUUACUCACAACACUGAUAAAUGCCAAGCUGAGUCUAGUGUACUGGCCUAUGCCGCUUACUGCCAAACAGACUCUUGGGGACGACCUCUAGCUGGGGUCAUGGUCAUCUGUAGAGAACAACUCAGUAUGGAAAGAUACACCCACGGUCACUUUGUGCAGACCGUCCUGCAUGAGCUAUUCCAUGUGUUGGGUUUUAGUAAAGAGCUCUACAGUAGGUGGAGGGAUUGUUCCUUCUCCUCUCAAAACUGUUGGUUUCAUGGCCAUGUGACCAGCACAGAUGAGACGGGGCAAGUUAGACUUUAUUCACCCACUGUGAUCAGCACAAUGCAGAAACACCUCAAUGCUACACAGACUGACCUUGGAGCUCUAUUAGAGAACAAGGAUGCUGGUUCUGGUGGUGUCUCAUCACACUGGGAGGCCCGUAUGCUGCAGGGCUCCAUAAUGACAGCUUCAUUGGCGGAGCCAUCUCUGGUUCGGAUUGAUCCGGUCACCCUCGCUGCUCUUCAGGAUACAGGCUGGUAUUCAGUCAACCUCAGCAGAGCUCAAAGUCUGGUGUGGGGAGAGGGUGAAGGUCGUCAGUUUGGUUCCAUCUCUUCCUGUCACAAUUCCUCAACCUUUUUUUGCACAGGCAGCGAAUUGGGAUGUCAUUAUCUUCACCUCCACAAGGGGGAGUGUCUCACUGAUCAAUAUUUGGAUGGUUGCUAUGUUUUUAAACCCCUGGCGAAUGCUAGUGAAUGUUGGAUAGAGGAGAAUGGGAGUAGCAGUGGAUUGGAUAAGUGCAGCGGUGAGAUCUUUGGAUCUGACAGCCGAUGUUUUAUAUCCAAUCUCACCAGAAAGAGUCAUUCAUUCCCUGGUCUGCCAGUAGCGGGUUAUUGUUACAGACAUAGGUGCGAUGGAAUAAACAGGUAUCAAGUUCAGGUGAUGGAUUCUGAUUGGUUGGACUGUCCAGCAGGAAAGAGCAUCAAGGUACCCGGCUAUCAGGGUUUAAUUUUCUGCCCAAACAAGAGAUUAUGUCAAUAUUCUGAUUUAGCUCCUCCCACCUUCAGACAAAAAUCAUUUGGCACAUGCAAAGAGAGAGAUCAUGACAAGAAAGAAGCCAUUUCUCACGGCAGAUUGACCUUUGACCUCACCUCUCUGUCCACCGUGGCAGUGGUUACAGCAGAAAUCCUCAUGCCAGUUUUGUGCCUCAGCGUUGCAUUUACUCUAGUGCCUGCUGCAAUGUUUAUCUACUGGAAAUGUUCAUCAGCCAGAGUACAUGCUGCUGUUCAGGCUCCCUGCAGGCUUCAGAUAGUAACCACAUAAUGCAUCAGAAUUGCUGCCACAAUACAAAAACACAAACACUUUGACAUGUUUUGUGGUUGGGUUGUAUCAUUGCUGCUGCAUUUGGAUCACUUUGUCAUGUUUGUGAAUUUGAGUGUAUUUACAUUGUAGAAUGUGUUGUAUAAAAAGUAAGUUCGACAAAAGAAGAAAAUAAAAUUGAAUGUAUAUUCAGCUGCCACAUCAAGUUCUAGUCUGAAUUUGCAUAUUCAUAAUUAGAAUAUUGCACGCAAUUAUACAAGG